AUGCUCAGGCGCAAAGUCUCCAACGGGCUCCUUCGAGCCACCAAAUCCAACAGCUCGUUGAGAGCUACGGCUCAGACUCAAGCUCAGAUGGUCCCUCCACUACCUCAGACGGCCAAUUUCUCAACCCUCAUUGCGAAAUCUGUCAAAGUCUCAGAGAGGGAAUGGGGAAAAGAGACUGUCGUGACGUUGAAACAGGAGCUAAAGAUGAGAGGAUUGCCCCAGACGGGUAAAAAAGCCGACCUUGUCGAACGUCUCACCAUGGCAGGCAAAGCCAUGCCUGCUGCUUCCUCGUCCUCGACCUCGACCUCGCAAUCGUCCCAGAUUCUUAGCAAGACAGCACCCCUCACCGCUCCAAAGAGCGUACCUUCCAGCUCUCAAGUCAUCGCAAAACCCACCGCUCCCGCUUCGACGCCAGUCUCAAAGUCAAAGACGCCUACACCAGUGACCCCAGCCAAGGCUAAAGCUCCUGAGAUGACGCCAAAAACCAUGGCAAAAGCUCCUGAGCCAGUCACUCCUACUCCCAUCUAUCGACUCAAGGGAUCCGGGACUACUCCGUCGAGAGCUACUGCCCCCGGUCCUCCUCAGAUGACAACGCCAGCUGCUCCACGUGUGUCCAAGAUGGCUAUGCCGCCUCCUUCCUCCUUCAGAAUGUCCACUGCCAGUCCUCGAUUAUUCUCAACUUCGGUAGUCCGCCCGGCAGCUAAAAAGUCGACUCCAGAACACUCGACAGUAUUAGAUGAUCACGUCGUGUCUACGGGCCCCAGCGUGUCUUCUCAGAAGUCGGAAGCGCCAAAAGCCGAGAAGCCUAGUCCAGAAGAGGUGACCACUGCCCCUGGCCUACCCAAGACCAAAUCUGCAGGCGAGAGCAAAGGCUUGAAUGUGAAAAUGCCCGAUCCGAGACCAGAGCCGUCGCAUGAGCAAACAAUCCCUCUCGAGCCGGACAAUUUUAAGACAGCGGCCAAGCCCAAAGAGGAGCAGUCCUCCAACUCUGGGCCAAAAGUCAUGACUGUCGCUUCUGCGUCGACACAUCACGCUGGCGGGCCUUCUCACGCUAUCCACGAGUCUGCGGACCCUACAGCCGUCGAGAGUUCCGAAUCUCUGGAGGAGAACAACAAGUCCUCGGAACGAAGUGAAGGCGGGACCGAUAAAGAUGGGCAAUAUCGGGCACCAGAACGAGAGCUUAAUGACGAAGAGAGAAGAGGACUGUAUAUUAUGGGCGGUAUCGUCGGUCUUGGCUGGCUCAUUGGAGGUCCCAAGAAGGACAAGAAGAAGAAGAAGGUUGAGACUGAGACCAAGUCUGAGAAGCAUUAG